CGGGAUACUUCGAUUUUACUAGCGCGAAUUCAACCAACCAACUGAACUCAGAAUGAUUCUGGGAGCUCUGACAAGUAUUGUUGCAGGUCAAAUUCUCAGAUUGCUUUGGUACUCCCGGUUCCUGUUUGGAAACUUAUGGUUUAGACAUGCAUUUCCCAAAGACAGUAUAAGCGCUGGGAUUUGUUUUUGUGCAGUGGCAAUUUCUUUUGUGGGCCAUACCACACUGGCCUUUGUUCUCUCGUACAUGGUUCCGCUCAUUUGGUCGGGAACAUCUUACAAUGGCUGCAUACUCAGGACUUUAAAGACUGAAAUGGCCCGAUGUGUACCGAAUGAAAUGACAACAAUGCUGCCGGGUACGAACCUCACCGAGAUGGCCAGAAAUAGCCAUGUAUGUGCAGAUGCGCAGACAAUGACGUUGCAGAUUACCUGUACUCUGAGCGCUGUCAAAACCGCCCUCGGACUGGCUGCUCUCAUUGCCAUUGCCGACAUUCCACACCUUGCAUUCAACCGGCGAUCGUUUGUGGUCUUCUUCGUUGACCAUACCUUUGAUGCAGCGCUCAUAGCGACAAUGUGUGCAUGCAUCGCCUACUUUGGUUAGAUGGAAACCAUUUCCAGAGAUCACUGCUUUGUUACGGGUCUUAAAAGUUUGUUGUAGACAAACAAAUAACCAGAUUAGUUAUAUAAUGUUAAUCAAACCAGUUGAACGGCAUUAGGUUUUAGCCAUAUAUUAUUUGUUGUGUAUAUAUUUACACACACAAACAUUUCUGAUAGAAAAUGUUUUACUAUAUACUUAUAUAGGUUGUUUUUUUUAUUUUUAUUAUUGUUUUUUUUCCCCUUGAAUUCCCAAUUCUAGAUUACCUCUUUGUUCAUAUGGAAAUCCUUGCAGAUAACGCUUACAAACCAGGCUAUUUCUGGGAACAUUUUGUUUUUAAAAUUUUGAUGAGCAACAAUCUGAAAAAUAAUAGUAUAGAAUUAUGUAGUGAUCUUGUAAACUUGCACAGCAAAUUGUGACAUGAUAGUUGUAUUAUGGAAUGUUGUUAUUCGUACAUAAGUCUGUCCAUCCAUAAACUUUUAAAUUUCCGCAACAUAUCUCUGUUAUCAAUUCAUAUAGGAUCGUCAAAAAGGAUGGCGGGUGUUGCUUUUCAUAACUAGGUAACCGCAACCUAUUUUUCAUGCAUCACUGCACAUUAAAGAAAAUCCUUGUCUGGGACAUAUUUGCCUUAUGUUCAUAUAGGAUCAUCAAACGUGCAAAUACAACUUGGGAUAGUGGUGUGUUGUGUACCAUAACUAAGUCAUUGUGACCUACUUUUGACAUGCAUAUCAGGUACCUCACCAGUACUCUUGGGUGUUUUUUUGGUACUUCAGCUUUAAUUUCUAACUUCUUUCAUAAGGAAGAUGACAUGGGAAGAGAAAAUUAACAUCACCCCAGUAUGUUUAGUCUGAACCUAUUAUCGGACUUAUAUUAGUAACUAACUAAAUCAAAAACAGAAUUCUGAAAAUAUUGCUUAACACAUGAUUGAAAUUUUGGUGGCCCAUUACGAAUCUAGGGUUGAAAAAGAAGUGACUUCUCCCUUCUGAGAACAAAAUGAAGUUUAAUAAAAAUGGACGAAGUGAACAUUUAUUAGUACAUUUCAAAAUGAUACAUAAUAUACAUAAUUAUACAUAUUUCAUUAUCAAGUACUACUAAUAGUUAUGUUCAGUAACUGAGAAACCAGCUGGUUGACUUUAAUAUUAUUGUGUACUGUAUUAAAAAAAAAAAUUAAUAAAAAAAAUACUUAAAAUUUGUCUGAUAAUUUCUUAUAGCAAAAAAAAUGCUCAGUAAAUACAUGUAUGUAGUAAGUUUUUUGGAGAUAAGUGGAGAUGUAGUUUUUAGAUUUUAAUAUAUUACCAGAGCUGUCAUUUACAGAAUUAUUAUCACCUGUUAUUUGCACAAUACUACAUACUUUUAUAGUCUUAUUUGGAGAAUCAUUAAAAAUAUGCAUGAUUUUUUAAACACUUGCUUGUUGUCUUUCUUCUUUUUUACCCCCCCCCCCCCCCCCCCCCCCCCAUUUACAUAUAAAAAUAAAAACUGGUUGACUGAUAAUUAUUAACUGAAUAUUAUGUUUAUUAAUAACAUGUCUUGUUGUCAUAAUCUAAUGACACCCUUGUACUACUGUUGUAUGAAUCAAAUUGCAAGCUAAUUUUUAAAAUUAGGUCAACAUGGCCUACAACUGUUGAAUUGUAUUAACCUUAAAUAUAACUAGUUAAUUGGGAUAUAUCCAUGGCAGAGAUCUUUUAGACCAUGAUCUGUUAAAUGCUGCAGGUUCCAACUUUGCUAAUGCACAAUUUUGCCUUGUCUGCAAUUGACAUUUAUAUGGUUUGUGACAGACCUGGUUGAUAUCUAACUACAUUGUCUUGUUUAAAUCGGGGAAAAUUCAGUUACAUCCAUAUGUACUUGUACAUAAUGUUUAAGGAUUUAAAAAAAAAAAAUUCUAGUUGAUAUUCUUUGUGACAUGAUUAUUGUUUGUAAAAUGCAUAUUAAGUGUUAAUGUUCUGUUUUCAAAAGACUCUUUAUAGUAUUUCAACUGUUUUUGGUUGACACGACUUUCUUUUAAUUUGAUUGCUAGUUCAAUGAAAAAUCUUUCUCCUACGAUAACUAGCUCAAAUCUAAAAUAACCAAAGAUCUGCAUAUCUAAUAUGUAUUAUGUAUAUGUGAAUAUAUAUAACUUUGCACAGCUAAUCAUGAUGUGAUACUGAACAAAAUAUUUCUUGGUAUGUAUUCUGUUCACAUCACAGUGUGUGUUUAAUAAAAUCUCAGGACAUCUUAACUACAUGCAUUUAAUAAAUUCUCAGGGCUUAUUGACAAGAGUAUAUGUGUAGAUACAUAGAUCUCAGAAAUUCUCAGAGCUUAUUGAUAUCAGUAAAAUGUGUAGAUACAUCGAUCUGAUGGCAUCUUUAGAGAUUUUUUUCCCCCCAAUAUUUGUUGUGCUCUCUUUUAGCGUUCUUAGAUCCAAAUAGCAUAACGGUAUUACAAAAUGUUGAGAGAAUAUAUAUAUUUUAUAAAAUAACUGGUGGAACCUGUCAAAAGUGAUAAGACAUGAGUGGAGCAAAAACUAGAUUUAGUCUACGUGCACUUGGUGUAAAAUCUUUACCAGAUAUUACUUAUGCAUGUAUUUGAAUACAUUAACAUAUUUAGGUAGCAGUAUACAGUUCGCUUGUUGUUUUUGGAUAGUUCCAUCUUUUAAGGCUUAAUAUUUUGAAUAUGAAGUAAAUUUUUAAGCUUAGUGAUACUAAAGAAUUUUUUUUUUUAAUUACAUUCGGAUUUUCACUAGGAGUGCAAACCUUUUGGCACGUUCAUGCAUCAAAAUUCACUUCUUCACAAAAAUGGGGCCACAACCAUUUUUGGAAAUUUUUAAACAAGCUGACUUUGUAAAAAAAAUUAAUAGCUAAACUUUUAUUUAAAUGAAGAUUUUUGAUGUGUCAUAUCAAUCAACUCCUCCAGCAUGGAUGGAUUUGUGUGGGUGUGGGUGUGAACAUGUCAACAAUGCACCAAAAACCAUAGUUUGAGGACACAUUUUGGACAUAUUAUGAUGGAAGUAACACAAAAAUUUACAAAAUAUUUAAAACGAGUCCUACUGGUAAUUAUGACCGUAUUUGUAAUUUCCUGGAGACUUAAAAACACCUGUAUGUUUCUUUAUUUUUCAAACAUAGGUGGGCAUUUGUCAUACCAGAGGCUGGUAUGCAUAAACCUCAGCUGAAAAUUUUCAAAUAGCUGGUCUACCUAAAAUUAAAAAUAUUGGUCAAUCAUUUACAAACAUAAAAUUUCACAUAAAAGGCAUGUAUCCAUUUGUUUUAAAGAACAUUUUGCCAAACUUCUUUGGUUGAAUCUACAUUGACUUUCCAAAUUUGGUAGCUUCCACUGUUUUUAUUUCUUAUAGUUAUUUUAUCAAUAGAACAUGUCAUUGCAUGAUACACUGGCAUUUCAUUUUGAGGUUGAUUUUUUGUUUGUCUCUGCCAUAUAUGUAUAUAUAUAUAUAUAUAUAUAAUUGGCUGUUACGUUUUAUUUUUAGAAUUUGAUUGCAGGGGUAUUUUUAACUAAAGUUUGUUUUAAAUUAUUAAAACAUGGGAGGACUGGGUUUAGAUGGAUAUCACAUUCAUGAUUGUAGCUCUUAGUUUGAACCUUGUUACAAGAAACAACAUUUACAAUUAUUGUUAAUUACUUUGAAACCAUUGUAUUCACAUACAUAGAUUUAUUUUUUUAAAGAUAAAUAAACAAGCUGUUUUAUUAUACAAA